AAAAAUAUCAAACUAUCAUACAUUACUUUCGAUAAUUAAUCUAAACCUCGGAACAAAACUGCCACAAAAUGCGUUUGCUUAAGGUGGGCAGUCGUAUGACGGCGUUGCGUGCACGUUUAGACGAGAAAUUCACUCUGCCGGCCCGCUUCAAGGGUACUGUCGUUGAGAAGUGGGCGAAUUACUGGAAAGGACUUUUGCGCGACUACUCCGAAGUGGGUCUUGGUGUUAUCAAGGAGUCUUAUGCGAAACCCAAGAAAUCGCUCGCCUAUGGCAUGGGUAUUGUCGCCCUCUACCAGAUGGCCAAACACAAUCCAGACGAACUCACCUUCUUGACGUUGAUGCGCAAUUACACCAACCGCAUGAUAACCCUUCCACCGGCCCAGCAGAAUCCAGAGUCAGCUGCAUACCUGAUUAUGUUGGAGCGUGCCAUCAACCAGAAGAAGCUGCGUCUACUCUCGCUCGGCUUCUUCACACUGAUGUGGGUCGACUUGUACGAUGAGGACGAUUGUACCUACCCUGCUAUCUGCGAAUACACGACCGUGGGCUAUACUAAUUUCUACGAGCGCAUCAUUGACGUGGGAUUCUGGAAUGAGUUCUGGCGUCUCAAGUGGAAAAUGCGCAACUACGACAUCAAUUAUUUGUGAUACUAUUCCCCUGAAUGGUCCAUUUGGUGAACGUGCCUGGUACCUCUGUUUAGUUAUGUUUAA